GUUAAACCUGAACAAACAAUACUACCAGUACUCCGUGAUCCCGAACAUGCAACGCCAAAUCCGCCCGUGAUGAUGGAGACAACGGUAUCGUCGCCGUCGCCGGUCCCGUCCCAGGUUUUUGCAGUGGUCUCGCUGUUCUGCAUCUCUGCGGUCGUCCUCCUCAUCCUCCGCUACUAUCUCCCGCUCCGGACCACGCCAGCGUUCCUUCUCGUGCCCGUUUUCUUUGCACUAUGGCUUCCCGCGAGCAUGGUGCUGCUGGUGCCCAUAGACCUGGCAUCCAGUGCCAUGGUCGACGAUCUUGAUGCGCGGGGCAUAUGGCUGGACCCGAGGGCAUUGAGGGUCUCGUGGAGGGUAGCGUACUGGCUUACCUUUGCUCUGACUUGGUUUAUCCUCCCAAUUCUCGGCGAAUACUCCGACUCCGGAUACCGCGAACCAAAGGCGAAGGUGCUCGACUCCCUAUACGCGAAUGCGCAGUACUAUGCCAUCGUCUUCGGGUCCGGGGCUCUCGGCCUGAUAUAUGUCCUGAUUUCGUACGGUCACUUCUCCGCGUCGUUGAAGAGCACUGUCAUGGCUCUCGCAUAUUGCUGGGGGUUGGUCCUGGUCAUCUACCUGAUGGGCCACGGCCUUGUGUCCAUACCCCGCCGGCUGUUCCGCAGCGCCAACAUCAGUGGCCGGCUGCGUCGGAUACAGAGGCAGGCUCCAAGGGUUUAUGAGAAGAUGCAAGACGCCGAGAUGGAUCUCGAAGAUCUCGAGCUGCAGGUGGGCGAGCUCAGCCGCCGCAAGGGUGGCAGCGCGAGCCUGUUUCAAGAUUGGAUCGAAGAGUUGGUCGACAUGACCAACCUGCCCCAGUCGCGACCCGGUCAAGCAAAUGCCGUCCGCGGCUCUGGCAACCAGAUUUCCGUCCCGAAUGUCAUCACCGAGAAAUAUCUUGCCGAACUUACCAGGAGGUUGGUCAGAGCGAAGCAUGCGAGGUUGAGAUAUGCGAGCGAGUGGAACCGACUGCUGCAAGACGCCGUUAAGACGCAGGCAGUCUUAGACUCGGCGGCCUCAAAGAAGUUGGACUUUGGCAAGGCCACGCCAAACGCCGGCUUCUGGGACAGACACACGCUGCUCACGCCCUACACGCGAUUUCUUCUCCACUAUUACCUCAUCCCAUACCUACAGGUAACCCUCGCGGCACUUAUGUCCCUCGCCUCCGUGUGCAUCGUCUGGUCGGAGCUUGUCAAGGGCGUCCUUCCCAGACUCUCCGUCAUCCGCUACACCGUGGUUCACCAUGAAAUUCGCGGAAAAGGUCAGGUCGGCUUCGCCGGCCAAGUCAUCGCCGCGCUGUGGAUGGUCUACAUGUGCGCUGCUGCGCUCAUCUCCAUUACCGAGGUGAAAGUCUGGCGGGGCCGCGCCCUGGUCCGCCGCAACACCGCACACGAGUCGGCCUUCUGGUACGCCAGCCAGGUCGCCCGGCUCAGCGUGCCCCUGACUUACAAUUUCAUGACCUUUCUGGGGGGUAUCUACCGUGACACGGUGUUUUACGACUUCCUAGGCCAGCUUAUCAAUCUCACUCCGCUAGGGAAGUGGUUUGACUAUGUCUUCCCCGCCUUCAUUCUGCUGCCCGUGUGCGCGACCUUGUUCGGUCUAUAUGGGAAGGUCAAGCGCGUGGUCGGAUUUUCCGGUGUAGACGUCCUCGACGACGACGAUGACGAGGAUUUCGGCAACGAGCGAGGCACCUCCUACGGCACUGGCUACUCCUGGCGCGAAGGCCGCGAUCUUAUCGAGCGCGAACUCAGCGGCAUGUCCCGCUCAGGCCUCUCCGACGGCGGCGCCGAUUGCCCAGCCCGCCGCCCUGUGUUGACCAUACCCCCCGGCCGCAGUAGUAGUGGUCGGGGAGUACCAACCACCCCCUUCGCGACGUCCCCUACUGCUGCGGGUACGGCGGCCACGAGUCGGCCGCAGGCAAACACCUCAGCGAGAAGGGUCGGUGGACGCGCUGGGAUUGUUUUGGACGAGCCGGAGGACGAGAAUUUCUUUGAGGCCCUGGGGCAUCGGUUCAAGAACACCAUCGAUACGCUCGAUGCACCGAAGUGGUUACAGGACUUUGGGCAGGGAAUCAAGAAGCCAAAGUGGAUGGGUGCCGGACAGGGCCAGGCUGAGGGUAGCGGCAGUAGUAGGCCCGCGGGGAAUACGGAUGUAAGGCGGUGGUUUGGUGGGGGGGAUAGUGAAGGGAGGAUUAGGUUGUAAUCAUGUACUUCCUUGAUUUGCUCCUUGGUCUGGCUUCUGCAUAGGCGGCGUGGCUUUUAGUGUUGCGUAUGGAGGGAGCAUUGGACGGCGUUUCUUUUUCCUUAUCCUUUUUUCUCUCUUUCUUUUUUUCUUUUGGUUGAUUCAGGACCCGGCUUAAAUGUGCAGUGCUAGCCAACGGGAACAGGUUUCUUCGCUUCGCAAGACGGCUCAUAUCACAAAGCCAGUUUCGUGUUGAAUAGAAGAAGCAGCGGCGAAGGAACAAUCCAUAUUCCAUUAUCAUGAC